UUUCUUGCUCUUAUGGCUACGGCUAAAGUAAGUGCUCCAUCUGAAUAUGAUUCUCUUGUAGAGCAGGCGAUAAAUCAAGGUACUGAAGACUGGGGAAAAAUUAUAAAUUUGUGUGAUAAGUUUUCUGCUGCGAGCAUAAAAAAAGAAGAGGCUGCGAGAGCGAUAGUGAAAAACAUUAGUUCUCAUAAUAUUAAUAUAGCUCUCAUCUCUGUUACGAUUUUAGAUGGGUGUUUUAAUAACUGUGGGAAGGAGUUCCAGGCAGCCUGCGGAACUCCUUUAGUCUUAGACGAACUUACGCGCUUAUUAAGUCUCAAGGUCAAUACGCCAGUAGUGGUUUGUAACCUCAUUAAAAAAACAAUACAAUCUUGGGUGGUUGAUUACGGCCACUACCCGCAUGUGACGAGCAUCUAUAAAACUUACGCCACUUGGAAAGAGGAUGGUUACGAAUUUCCAGCUUUAACGAAAAAUCUUCCUGUCACACAUUUACAGUCUGAGCAAGCUUUGGUUCUAUUUUCUAUUUUGUACUACUUUUUAAGUAUUCUGCCGUUAACCUACGGUGCUCUUGUCGAUUUUACUGAACAGGAAGAGGCGGACCUGAAGGCAGCAGUGGCAGCUUCUUUGAAGGAUACGCAAUGUAAAAAUGCGAGCCCCGUCCACCCUCUUUCACAAUCCCUGUACCCUCUACUGAAUGCUGAGACGCAGGGCGCCCUUUCCCCUUCAGAUUCUCCCUCGGCAGCCGAACCAUCGGAGCGUUACGUGAAGGCGCUGUACACCUUCGAGGUUAUGGAGGAGGGCGAACUUGGUUUCGUGGCAGGCGACGUUAUCCGGCUCCUGGACGACCAGCAUCUCGAUUGGUGGAAAGGCGAGUUUAACGGUUCUGUCGGGCUUUUCCCGGCUAAUUACGUCCAGAGGGUCGAAAGAUACUCGACUCCUCAGCACACUUGCUUGCCUAGUACAGUCAACGUUUUCGUUAUAGAUGAACUUUUGCAGAAAUUGCAUCUCGCCCAAUCCUCAUCACAAAGUUCAGACUUUAUCGAAAAUAUUGAAAAGCUCUACGAGCGGGUGGUUGGCCAAAUGAAGCCAAUAGUCGAUGAGUAUUUGGAGAAGGUCAACCGCAAGGAAGAAGAACUUGCCGCCUUGAAUGCUUUGUACUGCGAAUCUACAGCUUUGCACGACCAGCUCGUUAAGGAGAGCCAAAUUGCCUUUUCAGUGCAGCCGCUUUCUCAGACUUCUUCAAAUAAUAUGUCAACUGACUCUUUAAGUUUUAUAAGUUAAUUUCAGAACCCUCGAUCUUAAAAUUAUGGCUAG